AUGAUCACUAUCGACGCCGCCUGCUUCCCCCACAUCCUCGACAAUGUGCUGCAUCAACUUCAUCUUUCAGGCCAUGACGCCACCCUGGCAUCCUGUCGUCUUACCUGUUCGGCGGUGAAGCGAACGAUCGACUCCCGCCUGCCCCGGCAUAGAAUCCUCUCGCCGAUAGACCCAGUCGCUCCUCCGCGCAAAACCUCACUUUGUGUGAACCACGAAACACUGCUCUGGAACAGCGACACGGAGGGCUGGCGACCAACGGCCAUAUCGGAGGUGGCCGAUUUGCACGUCACUGGGGACCUGUACUGGCCUGCACUCUCUGCCCCAGUUCCCGUCCUGCGUGUGUUCGACUACCGCGCUCUCCCUCCACCAAGCGGCGCCGAGACACUCAUCCUCUUCCCGGAUCCAGCAUACGUCGCGGAACAGGGAAAGUUGAACCGCGUUGUGGAGCUGUGCUACGAAGCCAGCAGGAUCGUGAUCAACAUGCACUACGACCACGCUCCUCCAGACUUUGCGUUCCGGUAUGCACCCGAGGCAGAACUAAGGAACUCGAUGUAUCGCCGCAUUGGAGUACUGGAAAAUCCACAAGAGCUCGUGCUCAUGUUCACGCCCACCGGCAAAGCACAGGACAACUUGCGGAUGAAGACGUUCCUUGAGGACUGGACACAUUCAGUCGCACUUGCUGUUCGGCACAAUCUGGCGCUGAACGUAGUGCUGAUCACAGAUGGAUGGAAAUGGUCGUGGUUCGUUCGAGAAGAGGACGAAUGUCUCCGCGAGAUCGAGGAUGAGUACGAACGCUUCGUUGCCGCAUUCAAGCGUCUCAUGCUGGUGUACCUUGAUCAGGCGCCCGAGACGGACCCAGAGUCUUGUCUCACCCGCAUCAGUUUCACCACUAUGGAGGCAUAUCAGUCUGAGGUCGGACCCCGCACGCUCAAGCUCAUGUGCUCGGAGUAA